UACAACUGUACAUUAAUCCGAUCGUUUCUUACCCUUCCUUCUUUCUGUCUGAUCCGUCUUCUACAUUUAUCCCUACGUCCUCCAACUUUUCCCCCCCAACCUUCUGGCUUGUGAGCUAGAGCAGCUGGACUGCUCAACUACGCAAAUGUCGCAUUCGCGCGAGCACAGCGGUUCUUACGAAUGGCUCAAUCCCCAAGCUCACCCAGACCAACCUGAGACAGCGUUCCAUCAUGAUGGCCAUACCGAGCAACCUCCACCUCCUAGUCCCGAGCUAUACCCAGACGACACCCCAAACGACAAUUCCCGCCCUCAGCGGGUGCGAUUCCAAUCGAUGAGCGCUCAAGAACCGGAAGCCCCUCCACCAGUCCGUCCAUCAAUGGCUCGAUUCGACUCGGAUCAAACCCUCAUGUCGGUCCACUCCAUCAAUCCCACAUCCGCCCGUUCGACCGAUCUCUCUGACGCCCUCCGCGCAGAGGCAGAAUCAGAACCCACCACGUCGACAACGGGACGAGAUGGCGGCACGAAUCCCCCAUCCGGCCCCCUUAACGACCAUGUCGAAAGAUCGAGUUUUAGCAGUGACGUUCCCGAUCGUUCUCCAUCCGUCAGGGCACGGCUGAUGGCCGCGAGCAAGCUAUUUCGGCAGAAGACAGUCCGGUUGGGUGAACGCCUCGGCCGACCUCAGGAUGGAGGUGAGGACCUCGGGGCAUCGCUCUUGCCGGACGAUCUCGAAGGUGGCAUCCCAUAUCACCAGAUCCAAGAGAGGCGGCAGCCCGCGCACGAGUCCCCGGAGGACGAGAAGCAGGAUUUCGCUCCGAGCGCAGAAGCCCAUCGUCUUGUCCGUCGAGUGACCCAGUCGCAGAACGCCCUGCGCCAUCGUAAACCGAAGUCGGCUUACACACGGUCGGGACAGACCACGCCCGAAGGGUUGGGCCGUCCCGAGUCGUGGUAUAGUGUCCGGUCGCGAUCCUUCAGUGGCGGAGGCAUCUUGUCCCAACUGCUCAAGUUGCAGGCCGGUCAGACAGGCUCGACAGAAAGCGUCAUCACGGACUCGUCCGACAGCGAAUCGCAGGUCUCUUCCGGGGCCGUAACUCCCAAAUCCGGGACCGCGACUCCCAAGCGGGAAAAGCUGAAGUGGUACAAGAAACCGAAUCACCAGUCGACGGCCUCCCUAGUAGAAGCCUCGAUGAACCUGAGUCGUGCCAGCCUGCCGGCUUCGGCGGAUCCUCUUGCCUUCGCUACGCCAAAGAAGCGCAAGAAGGCCAAUCGGAAAACCCGCUUAGAAGACGAGAUUCGUGUAACGGUGCAUAUUGCAGAGAUCCUUGCCCGGCAGCGCUAUAUCAUGCAACUCUGUCGCGCCUUGAUGCGGUACGGUGCACCCACCCACCGUCUGGAGGAAUACAUGAAGAUGACAGCGCGUGUGCUGGAGGUCGAAGGCCAAUUCUUAUAUCUUCCUGGAUGCAUGAUUAUGUCCUUCGAUGACCCCACCACCCGCACGGCAGAGGUCAAACUCGUCCGCAUGGUUCAGGGGGUGGAUCUAGGCCGUCUAGCGGAGACACACAACGUCUAUAAAAACGUUGUCCAUGACCUGGUCGGCGUCGAAGAAGCCAGUCAGGAGCUAGACAGCAUCAUGCAGCGCUCGCCGCGCUUUAACAAGUGGCUUUUAGUCCCCGCAUAUGGACUCGCUAGUGUCGCUGUGGGGCCGUUCGCUUUCAAUGCCCGACCGAUAGACAUGCCCAUCUGUUUCUUUCUGGGGUCCCUGGUCGGGUUCAUGCAACAUAUUCUAGCACCCAAGUCUGUGUUAUACUCCAACGUGUUCGAAGUCUCGGCUGCGGUAUUGACAUCCUUCCUCGCACGUGCCUUUGGUUCCAUCAGGUCGCCCUUCGAAGGCGAGCAGUAUCUUUUCUGCUUCUCCGCUCUCGCCCAGUCCUCGAUCGCUCUUAUCCUUCCCGGUUUCAUGGUGUUGUGUAGCAGUCUGGAACUGCAGUCGCACCAAAUGAUUGCCGGGUCUAUCCGGAUGGUCUACGCUAUUAUUUAUUCGCUCUUCCUUGGGUACGGGAUAACUGUUGGCACGACGAUUUACGGGCUAAUCGAUCACGGCGCUAAUUCCGACACGACGUGCAAGCGGCUGGACGUGUGGGGCAGCGAGUAUAUCCAGCAUUUCAUUUUCGUGCCUGUCUAUGUCGUUUUUUUGGCCAUCAUCAACCAAGCCAAGUGGAAACAGGUCCCGACAAUGAUUGUUAUCGCUAUCAGCGGCUACGUUACCAAUUACUUCAGCACCAAGAAGCUCGGUUCCUCUUCGGAAGUCGCCAAUACGGUCGGUGCGUUCACGGUCGGUCUUCUUGGCAACCUGUACAGUCGUCUCUGGCAUGGUCAUGCCGCCACCGCUAUCCUUCCCGGUAUCUUCGUGCUCGUUCCGUCCGGCUUGGCCUCGAGUGGCUCGUUGAUGGCUGGAAUCACGUACGCCAAUGAAGUACGGGAAAAUCUAGCCAAAUCAAACAGCAGUGAGAGUCUCAAUAGCGCUAGCCAGGAUACGUCGAUCGCCAGCCUGGGAUUUGGUAUGAUUCAGGUCGCUAUCGGUAUCACAGUCGGCCUUUUCAUUGCCGCUCUCGUUGUGUACCCCUUUGGCAAACGACGCAGCGGACUCUUCAGUUUUUGAUCUGUUUUUUAGUUGAUCUAUAGCGUGUACGAUUUAUGUUGGAUAGAUGUCUU